CGUCUUUACUAAACCGCGUCUGUAUUCGAGGCUAAGUCUUUACAAAGUGAAACACACUCUGUAAUUAAUUGCAAAUUUUUGUCGGGAAUGUUAAUUAAAGUGACGGGAUUCAUCAUUCGUCGCGGUUGUUUGCGUAUCGAUCGUAUGUCGCGUACGUUUCAUCGAUGAUCUGGGCGGCCGGCUCGCGGAUAACAACAGGUUAUAAUUCCGGUGAAUAUAGUUCAAGUAGAUCAAAGCGCGAUAUACUUCUCGUUAAUGAUAGCCAUAUUGAAAAACCGUUCGUCGAAAGUAAGUCGAGUAAAUCGAGUAAAACAUUGUUGUUGUGUACAUGUCCGUAUAUGCCGAUGUUUGAUUCUCGAGGUCAGUUUUUGUUUGUCUCGCUCGCUCUAAGAAUGAGUAUGUAUACAAUGUCGUACGGACAGCCAAAUAUGUAUAGCGAUAAUAAUAAGUAAUAACGACAUAUAUGCGUGAACUUGUUAUGGCACAAAUGCGUUUUAUCUCGCGAUUGUGUUUUGUGUGCUGCGAUGUAGCUAACUCGCGUUGUGAAUUCAUUAGUGCGGGUCGCUUUUUGCUCGGUAGUGUGUGGUAUGUGUGUGUGUUUGUGCAAGGAAUUCUGGAAUUCAUCAGUUCAUGCGUGGAGCUAAUGCGGAUGGAAAUGGCUAAGGAGGACUGUGCAGCGGGUUGAACAAACUACAAUACCCUAGCUGGUACAAUUCAAGAUGUGCUUAGCUAGGGUACAACAAUUGGUAAGUGACAUUGCAACGCCUCAAGCCUUGCGGAGCAUACCCGUGUAUCUUCCUUGUUUGGUAUAAUACAUGGAAAACGAAUGACUCAAUCAACUUCUCGGUUUUUGACUUUUGACGAUACAAUCAGACGGAAAGAAUACAAUGGGGACAAAACCAGACGGGAAAAUUCCGGCGAAAAAGUGGCAGGUGCGGCGUAACUUCGAUUGUAGGGUGGACAGAGGAACGAAACGGGUCUGGAGUGGCUUGGCGCUUUGAACGAAGGUGUCACACCGGGGAAGACGAAGGACUCUGAUCUUCCGCCACCACCUCGUAUACGCAGUAUACUCUCCCCUCUCUCCACUUGCUAAUUAAAGGUUCUGCAGUGCUCCAGUUUAUAAUUUUAACCACGGUAGUGAAUCCAGUGUGAUAAAAAGUCAAAUGAUGUACAUGUGAUCCACGAUGAUGGUAAUUUGAUAUAAUAUACGUGUGCUUGUGCUGUCCAAGAGUGCGUGAGAUGAGAAGAAUCGAGUGAGAAAAAAGAGAUAUUCGUGAAAGAAAUGCAAUCCCGGAGUGAUAAAUCUGUAUCUAUGUAAAGACGUGUGCUAGUGUGUCCGCACGAAGAGUACAAAACAAAGUAAGUUUACGAAGAAAAAAAAAAAAAAGAGAACUGAGGAAGAGAUUCAUAGAUCAGCCGGAGAUAACCAAAGGAAAGUCAGUUAGCAACGUUAGAGAAGUGGCAUUAGCAGGUGGGACAGGUGGGACAGUAGCAUGAGUUCGUACUUCGCGAAUUCGUACAUCCCGGACCUGCGAAAUGGCGGGGUGGAACACCCGCAUCAGCAUCAGCAGCACUACGGUGCGGCCGUACAGGUACCUCAGCAGGCACAGUCGGUUCAGCAGCAGUCUCAGCAAGCCAGUGAACCCUGCGACCCGAGUUUGUUACGUCAAGGAGUGUCCGCCCACCACUAUGGUACCGCGGGAGGUCAGCAGGACAUGCCUUAUCCGAGGUUUCCCCCGUACAACCGGAUCGACAUGCGCAACACGGCUUAUUAUCAGCAUCAAGAACACGGAAGUAUGGACGGCAUGGCCGGUUACAGAUCGACGUCACCGAGUAGCACCGGUAUGGGCCACAUGGGGCACACACCUACCCCCAAUGGACAUCCGUCCACCCCCAUUGUCUAUGCCAGUUGCAAGCUUCAGGCGGCUGCUGUCGAUCAUCAAGGUACCGUACUCGACGGGCCGGACAGUCCGCCCCUCGUCGAGUCGCAGAUGCACCACCAAAUGCACAGCCAGCAUCCGCACAUGCAGACGCAGCAAUCGCAGCAUCCGCAGCAGCAAUCGCAGCAUCAGCAUCUGCAGGCACAGCAGCAGCAUAUGAUGUAUCAACAGCAGCAGCCAUCUCAAAGUGCGUCGCAGCAGGGACAAAGUGGAAUGCAUCCGCAACAGCAACCGCAAGCUCAGCAGCAUCAAGGCGUCGUUGCAUCGUCGCUCAGUCAACAGCAGCAAGGCACGCCUCAAGGUGCAGCAGCUUCAAACUUACCAAGUCCAUUAUACCCGUGGAUGAGGAGUCAGUUCGAGAGGAAAAGGGGCCGGCAAACAUAUACACGAUACCAAACGUUAGAACUGGAGAAGGAAUUUCACUUCAAUCGAUAUCUCACUAGGCGGCGGCGAAUCGAGAUCGCACACGCGCUAUGUCUCACGGAACGGCAGAUAAAGAUCUGGUUUCAAAACAGACGGAUGAAGUGGAAGAAGGAGAACAAGACGAAGGGUGAGCCAGGCUCGGGCGAUGGCGACACUGAAAUCUCGCCGCAGACGUCGCCGCAGGGUUGAGAGCUCCGAGGAGUGGAACUUUCUUUCCAUCUCUCUCAGGGUCGUUAAUACCUUGUUUCCAGCACUACCUCCUCCCCUACCCAAACUCCAAUCCCCAUCGAUGACCUCCAAAUGAUCCCUCUAAGCAAUGACGCUUAUUUUAUCGUGUUAAUCAUGUUGCUUGUACCAAAAACGAAGCAGAUAAAGAUGAAGCCGAGGAAGUUGUAGAAAGACCCAUAAGAGCGCUUGACGACGAACAGACGAUAACGGAAAGAGAGCUAUGAUAAGGUGAAGAUGGAAGCGGAGAACGAAACAAAACGAAGCAGUUAGUCAGCAGAGGAUUUGCGCAUGAAUAAUGUGGAUCAAGAUUAUUAAUAAAGAAGAAAAGAAAACGUAUAAACAAAACUGGAUCACAUGCUAAUCAGAACCGCGUUAACCUCCAUUACGUUUAAUCGAAUGUAAUUGUACUAAAGCCUAUGAACAUAUAUAUAUACACACAUAUAUAUAUACAUAUAUAUAUAUAUAUACAUAUAUAUAUAUGCGAAUGGAGAUGUACCGUAGUUUAAUGUGAAAUCGUGAAAGCGAGUGACUGCUAGUAAUGCAAAUAGAGCGCGUAAAAAUGGCGGUAUAUAGAGUGAUAGGUAUAAAGAGUUAAGCUUACCGGAAGAAUGUGAUGCGCGAUUGUGAGCGUGAUAGAGAAGAAAAUUCGCGUUGAAAUCUUAGGAGAGCAUUUUAUUAUUUAUUCUCUUACAUCGUAAACAAGUAGAGCUGUAGGACGAAUUUGGUAGAAUAGAAGUACGAAAAGAUGUCCGUCGCGUCUGUAUUUAGCGAUAGAUAAGCGGUUUAGUGUUUUUAGAGGAUUUUUUUUUUAGAUAGACCUUUCUUUAGCACCGCGGUGGCUCCAACGAGGAUAUUUAACGAUUCGUGCCAAGUGUGAUCUUCGAGCGUGUUUUGAUAAAAUCGGAGAAAUGGCUUGAGUAUCGGCGGGACACGGCAGGUGGACGGAAGGAAAGCGGCGUCGGGGAGAAGAGGAAAGUCACGAAGUUUCGCGUCUAGUUCCAGUAACAGUGAUAACAAGUGAGUGCAAAACCAAUUCCAUUGGAAAUCAGUGAAUUCGAAGUAUAAAUGUAAUGUUCACGGCAAAGUUUGGAAUGUUGUACGAAGCAAAGGCGACAGAAUGACAGUGGAUAGAGGACGGAUUAGUGUUGAAUGAUAAAGUGAAUUCGAAACAAAAAAAGAAAGAAAGAAAGCAGCGCUCUUCGGCGGAGCAGAGUCAAAUCGACUUGGCAUUUCUUCAUCAGCGGCAUCGCAAGGUCAGUCUUAUAAAGAUUACUAUAAUGAUACGCAAUUAUCGGUUAACGUUAGACUUUCUUCGUUGAAUUGUCGUGUCCGCAUUUUUUCGAUAAAUGGGAUAAGUUUUGAGGGAUAUGAAAAUUAUGAGGAAUAAAAUUUUCACGCGCUCUUUGUUUUACGCGAUCGCACAAAAUUGUGCUUUCAUUGAUCGAUAAUUGGAAAAAUUCGUUCCUAUAAUGCACAUUGCUCAAAAUGACGAAUAUAAUAUACAUAAUAUACAUAAGCAGUUCUUUUCUAAAAAAAGUGUCCACUGGGAAAAAUAUAUUUAAUUG